GUGGUUUGUUUGUGUGUUAGCUUGCAGCUUAGCUUGUACUUGUCAUUCAGUUAUGCCAGGAAUUCAACACGACUAGAAACCAACCAGCACGGCACAACAAGCGAGGCUGAAGUCAUAACCGCGUCCUUCACGGAUAGGAAGGUCAAAACAACUUCUUGUGGCGGUCGAAAUAGAAAGAAUGGCGAAGAGUGGCAUCGACAGACGGCGCAGCAGCAAGGAGACGUGAGGUCAGACAUCAGAGAUCACUGCUACGCUUGGACUGGACUGGACCGGUGACAGCUUCUUCAUCCCUUUCAUCGUCAUCAUACAUGCUUGUACAUGAAGAGAGGGGAGAAACCCGAAGGAUACAGACAGAUGAGACCCAAGACGUUUCCCGCCAGCAACUACAGUGGCAACAGCCAACAAAUGCUGCAGGAGAUUCGGAACAGCCUGCGAAACCUGUCCAAACCCUCUGACCCGCCUAAAGUGGACGCUGGAGGUCAAGGGAAACUGGUCCCUGAUGACGCGAAGCAACAAGGGCGCACCAGCAACCAGAAGCACCCCUACCAAAAGGCACUGCAGGAGAUCCGCAAGUCUCUGGUGCCUUUUGAGGUGAAUGGCUCAUUGAGCAACGAGUCAAACAUUUCUGGCCCAGACAUUAACAAACAAACAUGUCUGGAACCAUCUUACGCUGGGUUUGACGAGUCGAGCAGCGGUCGCCGCGUCGCCCCGGACCACAUGUUAAAGGUGAAUUACCAGGACUCCAUGAGGGAGCAGAUGGUUCCUGCUAACUCCAACUCCUCAGGCCUGAAACCUCCAGGAUCUUCUCACAUGCAGCAGGCUGUGCUGAGGAGGCCCAGCUGGAAGGGCUCUAAGGAGUCUCUGGCUCCCCGACUCGCCCCUCUGAUGGCAGAAGGAAUGAUGUAUCGCUCCAACAGCCCCGGACCACCACCUGUCUACCCACAGGGCCACCCGGCCAACAGCCAGAGAGUGAACCCUCCGCUGCCCCCUCAGAUUCGUAGUGUCACACCUCCACCAAAUCGCGGCGCCAUGCCUCCUGCAGCAUCCUGGGACAACAACCCAUCAAACAAGUGCUACCCUGGAAACAUGGAUUUCCUUGCGCCGCGCAAUUCUUCAGUGCCUCAGGGAGCUUGGCCUGAUGGGUAUCCGAACCCACCCCCUCAGAAUCAGCGUGGAAUCAGCUCUGGGCCUGUAGGCCACCAGCCCAUCAUAAUGCAAAGUUCCAAUGGGAAUAAAUUUACCUUCCCCUCCACCUGGACUCAGAAUGGCUCUCCUCAGCAGGACUACAUGCAGGGGGGCAGCAGACAGCCCCCUCCCCCUUAUCCCGUCAACCAGAGCAGCCGGCACAGUCCCACUGAGCAGCAAGCAGGAGGACCUGCGUCCUCUCCUUCUUAUCUUAACGGUGGCAACAUCCCUCAGUCCAUGUUGGUGUCCAACCGGAACAGCCUCAACCUUGAAAUGUACAACUUGGCUCUGUCGCAGCCCUGGUCCCAGACCCCCUUGGCCUCUAAUCAGUCCCAAUCUUCAUCAGGGAACAGCAGCAACCAGGACCUGUCCCCAUCCUGGCAGCACAACAUGCCUGCACGCUCUAACUCCUUCAACAACCACCAGCUGAGUGGCAGAGCUGCCCAUCCAGCCAGCUCCCAGCCCUCUGCCACCACCGUCACCGCCAUCACGCAGGCUCCCAUCCUGCAGCCCGUGAAAAGCACGCGCGUCCAGAAACCUGAACUGCUCACUGCUGUCGCUCCCACACACCCUCCAUGGAUGCAGCCAGUUACAGCAUCUCCAGCUGCACCUGCCUACCCAGAACCCACACCUGCAGCCCCUCAAAUCACCACAGAGGCACCCAGCUAUCAAGGCCCCCCUCCACCGUACCCCAAACAUCUUCUCCAGCAGCAGGCAGCACCUUCCCCCCCAGCAUAUGAAGCUGCAACCGCCAGUAAACACGGCACAGGUAGAGAGGAGGCUGCUGAGGAGGAAACCAGCAGCAGUGGUGACACCUCCAGAGAGAAGGCAUCCGAAGGCCCUGAAAGCACCGCAGCAGCGGAGAAGGAGAGGAAACAAAUCACAACAUCGCCCGUUCCUGUUCGCCGGAACAAGAAGGAGCAUAGAGGGGAGUCUGGGAGGGUCAAUUUGUACUCCCCUCAGGCCUUCAAGUUCUUCAUGGAGCAACAUGUAGAGAACAUCCUGAAGAACCAUCAGCAGAGGAUUCGGAGGAGGAAGCAGCUGGAGUGUGAGAUGCAGAGGGUGGGUCUGUCCUCUGAGGCCCAGGAGCAGAUGCGUAUGAUGCUCUGUCAGAAGGAAUCCAACUACAUCCGUCUAAAGCGUGCCAAAAUGGAGAAGUCCAUGUUCAAACGGAUCAAAACCCUCGGCAUCGGAGCCUUCGGCGAGGUGUGCUUGGCAAGAAAAGAGGACACGGGAUCGCUGUACGCCAUGAAGACGCUCCGCAAGAAGGACGUGCUGCUGAGGAACCAGGUCGCUCACGUGAAGGCUGAGAGGGACAUCCUGGCUGAGGCAGACAACGAGUGGGUGGUCCGUCUUUACUACUCCUUCCAAGACAAGGACAACUUGUACUUCGUCAUGGAGUACAUCCCCGGGGGGGACAUGAUGAGCCUUCUCAUCCGGCUCGGGAUCUUUAAAGAAGAGCUGGCCCAGUUCUACAUCGCAGAGCUCACCUGCGCUGUAGAGAGCGUCCACAAGAUGGGCUUCAUCCACCGAGACAUCAAGCCCGACAACAUUCUCAUAGAUCGAGACGGACACAUAAAGCUGACGGACUUCGGUCUCUGCACCGGUUUCCGCUGGACCCACGACUCCAAGUAUUACCAGAGUGGGGAUCACGUGAGGCAGGACAGCAUGGACUUCAGUAAGGAGUGGGAGGACCAGGCGAACUGCCGCUGCUCCGAGCGUCUCAAGCCUCUGGAGAGGAGGAAGGCCCGGCAGCACCAGCGCUGUCUGGCCCACUCGCUGGUGGGGACGCCCAACUACAUCGCACCGGAAGUGCUGCUCAGAACAGGAUACACCCAGCUCUGUGACUGGUGGAGCGUGGGCGUCAUCUUGUACGAGAUGGUUGUUGGACAGCCUCCCUUCUUGGCGAACACGCCUCUGGAGACGCAGCUGAAGGUGAUUAACUGGAAGAGCGCGCUGCACGUUCCCCCACAAGCUAAGCUCAGCCCCGAGGCGUCGGACCUGAUCGUCAAACUGUGCCGCGGCCCCGAGGAUCGCCUGGGUAAGAACGAAGACGAAAUCAAAGCCCACCCUUUUUUCAGAAGCAUCGACUUCUCCAGCGACCUGCGGCAGCAGGCGGCGCCCUACGUCCCCACCAUCGCCCACUCCACCGACACCUCCAACUUCGACCCCGUGGACCCAGAUAAACUGCGGAGCAGCGACGGCAACCACAACGACACCCUGAACGGUUGGUUCCGCAACGGGAAGCACCCCGAGCACGCCUUCUACGAGUUCACCUUCCGACGCUUCUUCGACGACAACGGCCACCCGUACAGCUGCCCCAAACCCAUAGACUACGAGAGCUACAGCGAGGACGAGGCGGAGAGCGGCGCGCCGGAGGCAGACAGCCGCUCUGCUAAACCGGGCCAAGACCUGGUCUACGUGUAGCUCCUGACGCCAGCUGAGCUGCCUGUACAUACGUUUGUAAUGGGGGGAAUCCAACGAUAAAGCAUUUGAAACUUAAAACCAGUGGUUCCCAACCGUGGUCCUUGAGGAACGCCGCCCUGCAUGUUUCACUUGCUUCCCUGUUUUGACGCUCCCGAUUUGAAUGAAUGGGUGAUUAAUUGACUUGUGCAGAACUUGAAGUCACUAAAUCACUGAAUCUGGAGCAGGAGGCAACUGAAACAUGCAGGACGGUGUUCCUCAGGGACCACGGUUGGGAACCACUGCCUUAUUAAUUAAACAUAGGAGAAUUUUUUUUUUUUGUAGGAGCACUCAGAACGUUGCAGCAUAAGAUUUACACAUUUACUGUGCAAGAAGACUCGACUAAAGCUCGAAACAUGAAACUGACCUGGGUUGGUGUGAGACGGAGACGGCUGGUCGAUCUUUUCCAGGGGAGCACGAUUAACGGCGUUCUUAACGGAUUCAACUCACAGAUCAUCCUGUUUAAAAGUGGAUUAAAACACAAAGGAAAUCUGCUUUUUUCUUAUUGUUAAUCAGGUCCUAACUGUCCACUUUAAUAUUUUAGGGGACAGUUUGUCCCAACUGUCCCCGUCAAAACACCACUUUAAUGUUUGCACGUUUCAAAGUGGUGGGAAGUGAAGUUUCACCAGCUGUUUCCUGUCGUCAAGCUAAUCGGUCUUUUGAUCCAUUUGAGUCUUUUUAUUUUAUUUUAUGUGUUGCGGUGCAGUGUAUGACGCGUGCUGCCUGAACGUCUCCAAAAUAAAAGAAAACCCGACAACUUAUCGCAAACCCCCAUUAAGCAUUAAUUUAUUUAAAUAAACCGGUGACGCUAGUGUAGAUGUAGUUUUCGAAUUUGUAAAAAUAUAAUUUAUAUUUUCGCGUUUUGCAACGAGGUUCUAGUAAUGUAGCGGAUAGAUAAAUGCUCUAAUUGUUCAUUAUUUUGACUUCUUACACGACUUAUUCACCAAAUGUUUAAAGGGUUAAUAAUCAGGCUGGCAUCUUAAAUGAGUAGCACUAGUUGAUUGAACUACAGUAGAUUUUUAUUUUUCUAAUUUAUAAUGUAUUUAUAAAUUAAGUUGUACACAGUGGAUGUAAAUAUUUUCUGUGCUUUGACUUUUUCCUUCCU